AUGGCUUCUCACAAGACAUUCAGGAUCAAGCGAGUCCUGGCUAAGAAACAAAAGCAAAAUCGUCCCAUUCCACAAUGGAUUCAGAUGAGAACUGGCAAUAAAAUCAUGUACAACUCCAAGAGGAGACACUGGAGACGAACCAAACUGGGUCUCUAAGGAGCCAUGCGUAUUGAUGCUGUUUGAGGGUCACCUUUAACUUACUGCAUCAAGUUGAAAACCUUACCAUUGUCUGGAUAUCUGAGUGUGUUUAUUGG